AUGGCGGGUCGCGGCGUUUUCCAGCUGCGUUUCACAGUCGUGGCCGCAUCCACCGCCGUAUUAUUAAUCUUUAUUUUCUCCAGCGACGUUGUGGAUGCAUCACGUGUAAGAAACAUGUGCUCUCACACCGCAUAUCCAUCUCUAUGCCGACCUUUAGUGAAGCGUAUCACGAAUCCAAGACGAGCCACACACAGAACCAUCCAAGCCUUGGAGGCCAAGACUAAACUGGCUCUAGCUGAGGUAGCUAGGUUCAAGAAUGGUAACCAAGCGAUCACUACGUGUUAUGCGACGCUUAGUGACGCGGUUUAUAAUUUGGCUAACGCGAGGAAAAGCAUAAGGAAACGCGAUGUAAUGGCGAUGAACACGUUUCUAACUGCGGCUGUGUCUGAUUAUGGUGUGUGUGUCGAAGGGUUUAUUGAUGCGAAUCAAGUUAAUACGGUUCAGAAUGUAGCGGUGGACUUGAGGAAAAUUAGUAGUAAUUGCUUGACGUUGUCUACAUUGAUUUAG